AUGCAGUUCGCCCUGCCCAGUCUGUCGCCGCAGCUGAGGGGCGGCAGCGAGGACCUGGCCUGGGCUCUACCGGCCUUGCGAGCCAAAGGGUAUGCCAUUCUUCAGCUGCAGGAGGAGCUGCCAGCUUUGGGUCAGCUCUACCAGCAAGCGCGGGAGUUCUUCCAAAGGCCCUCCAAGUACAAGGAGACCUUCAAGUGCUACCCGCUGCUCGGGGGGUACUUGACUCCCUACCCAGGCACAUACGAGGUCUUCGAGCUUCGCCGCGGCUUGGGCAAGUGCCCAGAGGAGCUCCGGCAGGCGGCCAUCUGCCGGAACGGUUGCUCCGGCCACGGCAGCUGCGGGCUGCUGGGCACCUGCAUCUGCGAGGGCAACUGGGCCGGCCGCGACUGCAGCUUUCAGCUGUCGCUGGAUGAUCAGCUCCCAAACUCCGUGCAGGAGCCCAAGCACGACACCCUGGACGCAGCAAAGCUAUCGCUGGGCGAGCAGUUGCAGCGCCUCGAGUUUCGAUCCCCGCCAGCGCAGCCGCAGCCGGCGACGUUAGGUCGCGCGGCGCGCGCGACCUUAUCCUUCGCGCAGUCCCGGCGCGCGGCGGACAACGCUUGGGCAGCUGCCGACAAGCUAUUUGCUGCUGCCAAGCUAGAGACCACCCGAGAUGCUGUUGAGCGAGUGGAGAGGGCCGUGGCGAACGCAAGGGGUCAGAAGGACCAGAUCCCUGGCCAUGAGUUCGCCGGCCUGCAGGCCCCUCCUGCAGCGGGGGACAUCCAUCCCUGCAGCUCAGACUGCAGCCAGCAGGGCAUGUGCCUCGCCGGGAAGUGCCUUUGCAACGAGGGCUUCUAUGGCGAGACCUGCGAACAUCGGCGGUGCCUGAACGACUGCAGCGGCAACGGCCAGUGCCAUGCAGGUCAGUGCAGAUGCUCAAAGAACUACGGGGGCCAGGACUGUUCCCUGCUGCAGACGGCCCAGACAGAGACGCAAGCCUCAUUGGCAGCCAUGCUGACGCGAGGCCUUGCCGCGGAGAGCGAGGAGCUGGCCAAGCAGGUGAAGGAAGCCAAGGAGCCCAAGGCGUGCCCGCUGAACUGCAAUGGCAACGGCCAGUGCAGCGGCGGCGUCUGCCAGUGCCGCAGCGGCUUCAAGGGCCUCGCGUGCCAGGAGCAUGAGCCGGCGCCAAAGGUGGCACUCGCGCAGGCCCCAAAGGCUUGCUUGGACCCCACUUGCUCCGGCAACGGCCUGUGCUGGUCGGGGGAGUGCCGGUGCCUCUCGGGCUUCAGCGGCGCCAGCUGCGAAAACGCGGAGAAGCCUCUGCAGCUGCAGCUGCAGCAGGUGACGCAGGAGGACGAGCAGCGCGUGCUGACCUGCGCCGGCGGCUGCUCUCACGGCACAUGCAAGGUGGGCAUGUGCGAGUGCGAGGCCGGGUGGCAGGGCAUGUCCUGCAACAUCAGCGCUGAGCAGCUCGCCCAGGAGCAGGAGCAGUCUGCGAGCGUGCCAUCCGCGGCCUCGUGGAUCGCCCGGGAUGCUCGGGGCAAGGCGCUGCGAGUGCCCAAGCCACCGAAGGACGCUUCGCUGCUGUCGACCGAGGCGCAGGCCAACAGCAGACUUACAAAGGCGGCGUCGGCGCUGGACUCGUGGCUGAAGACGGCGCGGAAGGUGGGCACCGGUCGCCCGGUGGAUGAGCUGGCCUCCUUGCUGUCAGCGGCAGUCGCACCUCCGCAGGACUAA